AUGACCACCGACAUGACCACAGACAUGACUACAGGCAUGACCACAGACAUGACCACAGACAUGACCACCGACAUGACCACAGACAUGACCACAGACAUGACCACAGACAUGACCACCGACAUGACCACCGACAUGACUACAGGCAUGACCACAGACAUGACCACAGACAUGACCACCGACAUGACCACCGACAUGACCACAGACAUGACUACAGGCAUGACUACAGGCAUGACCACAGACAUGACCACAGACAUGACCACAGACAUGACCACCGACAUGACCACCGACAUGACCACAGGCACGACCACAGACACGACCACCGACAUGACCACCGACAUGACCACCGACAUGACCACAGGCAUGACCACAGACAUGACCACCGACAUGACCACCGACAUGACCACCGACAUGACCACAGACAUGACCACCGACAUGACCACAGACAUGACCACAGGCAUGACCACCGACAUGACCACAGGCAUGACCACAGACAUGACCACCGACAUGACCACCGACAUGACCACCGACAUGACCACAGACACGACUACAGACAUGACCACCGACAUGACCACCGACAUGACCACAGACAUGACCACAGGCAUGACCACCGACAUGACCACAGACAUGACCACAGACAUGACCACCGACAUGACCACAGGCAUGACCACAGACAUGACCACCGACAUGACCACAGACAUGACCACAGACAUGACCACAGACAUGACCACAGGCAUGACCACAGACAUGACCACAGACAUGACCACAGACAUGAUCACAGACAUGACCACAGACAUGACCACCGACAUGACCACAGACAUGACCACCGACAUGACCACAGACAUGACCACAGGCAUGACCACAGGCAUGACCACCGACAUGACCACAGGCAUGACCACAGACAUGACCACAGGCAUGACCACAGACAUGACCACAGACAUGACCACCGACAUGACCACAGACAUGACCACAGACAUGACCACAGACAUGACCACCGACAUGACCACCGACAUGACCACCGACAUGACCACAGACAUGACCACAGACAUGACCACCGACAUGACCACCGACAUGAUCACAGACAUGACCACAGACAUGACCACAGACAUGACCACAGACAUGACCACAGACAUGAUCACAGACAUGACCACAGGCAUGACCACAGACAUGACCACAGACAUGACCACCGACAUGACCACCGACAUGACCACAGACAUGACCACAGACAUGACCACAGACAUGACCACCGACAUGACCACAGGCAUGACCACAGACAUGACCACAGACAUGACCACAGACAUGACCACAGACAUGACCACAGACAUGAUCACAGACAUGAUCACAGCCACGACUACAGACAUGCCCACAGACACGAUCACAGACAUUGGUUUAUUCGGAUCCUCAUUAGCUCCUUAUUGUGCCGCGCGGCGUAAGGAUGUGUUCCUCCAGGAGCGUUAUGGCCACUUCAGUCUGACGGACCCCUUCCUGGCCCUGCAGAGGGACUUUGACUGUGUCCCCGGGGGGGACAAAGAACACCGGCCAGUUGGCUCCAGCCCCAUCUCAGUCCUGGAGGCAGUCAUGGCGCACUGCAGGAAGAUGCAGGAGAGGAUGUCAGCACAGCUGGCUGCUGCCGAGAGCAGGCAGAAGAGGCUGGAGAUGGAGAAGCUACAGCUGCAUAGUCUGGAGCAGGAGCACCGUAAACUAACCGCCCAGCUGAAGGACGAGCGGGAGAAGAACAAGCACAUGGUUAUGAUGCUGGUGAGGGAGUGCAAGCAGCUGGCGACGCGCGUGGUGGAGGAGUCGCAGCGCUUCGACGAGAUUUCUGCCCGGCUGGAUGAGGAGGGCCGCUUGGCCGGGCGGCUGCAGGAGGAGCUGACGGCAGAGAGGCUGCGUGGACAGCAGAUGGAGGCCAAGAUGGAGAAGCAGCUGUCAGAGCUGGACACUGAGUGCGAGCAGCUGCGUGCCAGGCUGGGCCGAGAGGAGACAGAGAGCCUGAGCCUGCGCCGGCAGGUAGAGCAGCUCAGGACUGAACGGGAUGGUAAGGAUGGUAAGGACGUUAAAGACGGUAAGGAUGGUAAAGCCGGUAUCCCAGCCCAACCGGCUGCAGCUACUGCUGUGGAUCCCACCGCUACCACCAACCCCCCACCUCCCAAACACACAGCAUCUGUUGCUGUGGCCACAGACCCAGUCAGUUCCCAGACGGCCUCCUGCCAAACGGACCUGCCCCCUCCAGAGGCCGAGGGGCAGAAGAAGCCGAGCCCCCUCACCAUCCCUGUCAAACCCACUCCCACCAACUACGCAGGCCUCAGCCUGCCCAAGACGCCCAGCGCAGGCCGGGGGCUGGUCCACAGCAGCUCAGGAGGACUUCUUCAAACAGGGGAGAAUGGAGCCGAGGGCCAGACGCCCCACGGUGGGUUACACUCCCCUGCCCCCACCUCAGCCCUGCCCAUGGGGGUGAGCCCUCGUGUCCAGGCUGCCCGCUACAAGUUCCAGGAGCAGGACCAAAACGGCACAUCCUCCCAGAGCAGCCCGCCGACCCGUGACCUAUCCCCCACCAACCGAGACAACUUUGCCGCCAAGCAGCAAGCGCGACACACCGUCACGCAGGUCCUCUCACGCUUCACCAGCCCCCCAGCAGGGGGCCCCGGAGCCCUCCGUCCCGGCCUGCCCCACUCCACCUCAGAAGGGGGGCCCUUCCCUGGCCGCCUGGGCCACCCCAUCGGCCUCAAGUCCCCCACAGUGGCGAGGAUCGACCGGGGAAACCCGCCCCCCAUCCCGCCCAAAAAGCCGGGCCUCUCCCAGACCCCCUCCCCUCCCCACCCGCCCAUCAAAGUGGUGGGGGACAGCAGCCGCUCCCCCGGGGCGGGGUUAAAACCCGGCACGCCCCAGCUGCCGCCCAAACCCGCCCUGGACCUGGUCCCAGCCUUGACGGCGUUUCAGGUGGGUGCCUGCCCUCCCGCAAGGGGGGUGAGGGGGCCGCACCAGACCACGUGUGCAGAGUGCCCCCCCGCCAGCGCUGCCAUCACUGUCAGUAGCCCCUCCUCCAUAAACCCCUCCUCCUUCGCUAGCGUUCCAUCCCGUAGCCCAGGCAGCCCCCUGGCAACAGCAUCAGGCUGGCGUCCCUCCAUAGUUCCCUCGCUAAACUGCGGUGGGCCCGUUGCCCUGGACGACGGGCGCCCCCUGCUCCUCCAAGCUGCUUCAGGAAAUGUCACUUUAUUGUCAAUGCUGCUUAACCGAGAUCCAACGGAUAAUAUUAGUCUCCUUGAAGACCACCCAGCCUCUGCCUUGUUUUCUGCUGCUCAAAAUGGACGCUCAGACUGCGUUAACCUGCUGCUGACUUCGGGGGUGUCUACUGAUGUUUCUGAUUUAAACGGAUUUACGCCUUUACACUUUGCCCCCUCACAUGGACACCACAGGUGUGUGGAGGCCCUGGUGUUCGGUGGGGCUGAUGUGGACCAAAAGGCCAUUGGGGGAAAGAACCCUCUGUUCAUGGCCAGCAGAGCCGACAGGCUGGACUGUACCAGUGCCUUGCUCAAUGCCAGGGCCGACCGCUCAAGAGCCACCACCGACAGCUGCAAGGCUCUCCACGAGGCGUUCAGCUUGAGACAUGUGGACACCCUGCAGCUCCUCCUCUGCCACCCUGCCCCUGACUGUACCCACACCAUGACCCUGACUGUACCCACACCAUGACCCUGACUGUACCCACACCAUGACCCUGCCCCUGACUGUACCCACACCAUGACCCUGACUGUACCCACACCAUGACCCUGACUGUACCCACACCAUGACCCUGCCCCUGACUGUACCCACACCAUGACCCUGCCCCUGACUGUACCCACACCAUGACCCUGACUGUACCCACACCAUGACCCUAACUGUACCCACACCAUGAACCUGACUGUACCCACACCAUGACCCUGACUGUACCCACACCAUGACCCUAACCCUGACUGUACCCACACCAUGACCCUGACUGUACCCACACCAUGACCCUGACUGUACCCACACCAUGACCCUAACCCUGACUGUACCCACACCAUGACCCUGACUGUACCCACACCAUGACCCUGACUGUACCCACACCAUGACCCUGACUGUACCCACACCAUGACCCUAACCCUGACUGUACCCACACCAUGACCCUGACUGUACCCACACCAUGACCCUGACCCUGACUGUACCCACACCAUGACCCUGACUGUACCCACACCAUGACCCUAACCCUGACUGUACCCACACCAUGACCCUGCCCCUGACUGUACCCACACCAUGACCCUGACUGUACCCACACCAUGACCCUGACCCUGACUGUACCCACACCAUGACCCUGACUGUACCCACACCAUGACCCUAACCCUGACUGUACCCACACCAUGACCCUAACCCUGACUGUACCCACACCAUGACCCCAACCCUGACUGUACCCACACCAUGACCCUAACCCUGACUGUACCCACACCAUGACCCUGACUGUACCCACACCAUGACCCUAACCCUGACUGUACCCACACCAUGACCCUAACCCUGACUGUACCCAUAGUCCUGGUCCUGCCACGAUCCCGGUCCUGUCUAGCACCUUGCUCAACCAGGACAACUGUGAGGGCUGGACCACUGCACACAUCACUGCUGCCAGGGGCUUCAAGGCCUGUCAGAGUCGUGCCUGGAUGAGCUGGCCCUGGAAUCCCUCAUGCCUCUUCAGCUGCUUCAGAACUACAUCUUCCUGGUGGCUGGCCCGGCUCUGGAACAUAGUGGUGGUCCUUCACGUGGAGUAGGCCAUCGUCUCCCGGGUGACACCGGGUAUCACCUAGCAAACGAGCUCGGGCCAGCGAGCGGUGGUCAAGGCUGCUCUCAGUAUCCUGGUCAACAAAGCCGUCCUGCAGGGAUGCCCUCUGCCACGGCACACUCCGUGGCAGAGGGCAUGGGUACACACAAGAUUAACAGGCACCUGUUGAAGUUCCGAGGUGGGACCUUCCCUCUCUCAACCAUUGGCUCUUGUAAAGGGGGCGGCAGCAGGAAGGGGUAGGACAGUAGCAUGUGGAGAUGAGCCAAUACCAGCCCACGAAAGAAGGGAAACCCCGCCUCCAACUGGAGCUGUGGAGAUUCUCUCAGAGAAGGGUCAUUGUCCAGCACUGAUGUCCUCUUCAUCAGCAACGGCAAUACUCCGAGUGUUGUAGAUGGGGACCAUGUGAGUCUGUGUUCUUACAACAAGACUGAUCUGAUCAGGGAGUUACAGAUCAUGUUCUCCAGCAAGUCAGAGCCAGACAUCAGCAAGAUUGCUCAGUCCAAGGAGGACUUCAUCGUCUUCUCUGGCUCUCCAAAUGGACAAUCUCCCCGCCGCAGGACCGACCAUGAAGCAACCGCUC